GGAUCAACACCAAACGCACACUGGUCCUGACUGCACCCAAUUCAAUUGAGAACCAAGCUCUCUCGAGCCAGCCCACCGUUGUUGAGCCUCCCCACCCCACCAAUCGCCCGCCUCACCACUCUUCCCGGCUCGGGCCUUUUCAUUUUCUCAUCGUUUGAAGCGCAAAAAUGUCGGCCUCCCUGCUCCGCGUUGCCGCUCGCGGCCCCUCCAACUUUCUCCGCGCCAACCUCGUCGCUGCCCGGCCGCAGCCCAUCGCCGCGCGCGCCGUCCUCGCCACCCCGAGCUUUAGCACAUCCGCCCGCCUGCGCUCCGAGCACCAGGAGGAGACCUUCGAGGAGUUUUCUGCCCGCUACGAGAAGGAGUUUGACGGUGUUCAAGACGUUUUCGAGCUCCAGCGCAACCUGAACAACGCCUUCGCCUACGAUCUCGUCCCCUCCCCCGCCGUCGUGUCCGCCGCCCUUAGGGCCGCGCGGAGAGUCAACGACUUCCCCACCGCCGUUCGGAUCUUCGAGGGCAUCAAGGCCAAGGUCGAGAACAAGGGCCAAUACCAGCAGUAUCUGGAUGAGCUCAAGCCUCUGCGCGAAGAGCUCGGCAUUCCGCUUAAGGAGGAUAUGUACCCGGAGGAGGCCAAAUAAACGAAGUACCAGGUUUUCCUCGUCGAGAACAUCGCACGGCCUACUGGACAACUCCGUGGGUGAUACCAUAGACACACCGUCUUCCGUCGGAGUUGCAAAGGGCUGUGCAAAUCAAUCUGUAUAUGUCACCAUUGCCUAGACUUCGUUUACCACACAUGUAAGGAAGUUACCGGGGGCCUCGAACGAUCCGGAGUGAAGAAGUGAUGCUGAAAGUUGAGUGGGGGACAGGCAGAGCUUGGAUGUGAGAGACUGACUGCCGAGAAAAGAGAUCAAGUUCAUUUCCUCGCCCUGGAAUAUCCCAUCCUGGGAUACCAUCACCGCAUGAGAAUGGCCAACCGUCCGCAUCCUUAUUCACCACUCAUUAUCACAAGCGAUUUCACACAUCA